AUGGAAGAAUGCAAACCCUCAACCAUUCAGGUUCUCAUUCCUGGACUAGCAAAAGCCCUAGAGCAUCAAAUUAGAACAGUCCAAUUGAUUGUUAGCCAGCUCCGAGCUCGUUUUCUGCAAACGCGGAACCCAGCUUGGUCUACGUUUGUGCCAGACAUCGCGAUCAGUAUCAACACGAGACUGAUUCGGAUCCAUGGAUUUACGCCCACACAGCUAAUGCUAGGCUAUCAACCCACUUUGGAUCGAACCCUUCAGCCUGCCACACAGUCUACAAAUGGUUCUCCCUCUCAAGGCGAUGCACUACAUCUGGCAUGCCUUCACCAGGACACUCAAUGGGAAUUGCAAGAAUUAGCAGCUAUGGGGUAUAUGGACCACACUUCAUGUAUGGCUAGGAUCAAAAACCCUAUAUGGUCCAAACCACAAGUGGUGAUCUGGUCUUAGUACACAACUUCACGUUAGAUAAGGACUAUGGUAAUAAAUUAGACCCAUGAUGGUCAGAGCCCAUGUUGUUGACAAGGGUUCUGCCAAAUGAAGUCUUGGGAAUGGUUUAGCCUUUAUAUAGCGUUGGGCUACCAAAUAGACAAGAAAGAAAAAUCCACUUCAGCAACAUGAAGGUCUAUUUCCCUCAGGAUCCAGAUUUUCAACAGGAAUCACCAACCA